AUGGGAGGAUAUCUUACAUUAGAUUUGCAGAUGUGCGGAUGUACAGGUAUCGUCACGUCACCAGUAGACUACACAGAGAGAGUUUCUGGGAAUUCUGUAAACAGACUUCCCCUGACACUAUCACAAGGAGUAGGAACAACGUACUUUCAACCGCAAAGUAAACUAACUUGUGGGAAUAUAGAAACUGCAAAGAUCAUCGGUCCCCGAAAGCUAUCGACAUGCACCGAUCGACAUAUCCACGCGUAUCAACGCCGAUCACUUCGGCAUGGAGAGAAUGAUGCAGCCGCGCCUGCGAGCGAGUUCCUGACUUGUGAUUGGCAUACGCACCCUGAGUUUUCCGUGCGGCAAGAUAAGCGACGCUCAAUGUCUCGAGAUGCGAGUCUUGAUGGGAUGUGCGAUGCUGCCGGUCUGGUGGUAGAUGGAUAUAGACUUGAAAUGGGUGAGAGAACUAUCUGA